CUUAAAAUGCAAAAAUUUUCAUUAACAAAUAAGACGCUCACCAUUGGAAUCAAUCAGUAUCCACCAUUCAUACGGAUCGAUAAUGAUGGAUCAACAAUCCUGGGUGGAAUUGAAGUCGAACUUUUAUAUACAUUACGUGAUUAUUUUAAUUUUUCAACAAAAUUUAUCAAUACACAUGAUCAUUAUGGUAAAAUAUUACCAAAUGGAUCGUGGACAGGAAUGUUGGGUAACAUAACAAACGAUCGUAUGGAUCUAAGCAUUUCUGGUAUGGUCGUAAGCGAAGAACGUAUCGAAAAUAAUGUCAGCUUUCUUUAUCCACAUUGGUUAGAACAAUAUACAUUCGCUACGUUACCACCACGUGUUAUGAAAGCACAUGAUAUUAAUAUAUUUUUACGUCCAUUCAAUAUGGAUGUUUGGUUAACAUUGAUCAUAUCAUUCAUAUUAUUAUUUAUUAUCAAUAUUUUUGCAUUUUUUAUCAAUAAAAAUGACCAAAAACAACAACAUCUUCCAUGGUUAUUUGGUUUGCGUUUAUUAUUAAAUCAACCAUAUCGUUGGCCAUAUAUGGAUCAUUUAGCUAUAUCGUUGAAAUUCAUUCUAAUAACAUGGUCAUUAGCUAUAUUAAUAUUGAAUAAUCAUUAUGUUAGUUUUUUAUUCUCAUUCAUUUCAUUAUCACCAACAAUGCCGGCCAUUGAUUCUAUAGAAAAAUUAAAUAAUGAAUGUAAUGAAAAAAAUAUUGAAAUUUUUGGUGAUGAAGGUUCAUUCAUAAUGAAUACAUUAAAGGUUUGUGUUGUAAUUAUUAAUAUUAUCUGGUUGUUUGUUUUUUCAUUAAUUUCAUACAAUCAUUUUCAUUUGAAAAGCGAUCUAAUGAUUUGACAAUAAAACAUCUUUGUAAUUGUUUAACAAUGAUUGAGAAUGAGUAUGGAAUUGUACCACCACAAAUGUUAUUUCAUAGAGCCAAUAAUAAUAAU